AUGUCUGGAACAGCCAAAGUUGAGAAACGCAAUCGACCUCCCAAGUCUUGCGAGCCCUGUCGAACACGAAAAAGAAACAAGCAGUCUAUAUGUCACUAUGCCUCCAAUGCUGACAGAAAUGAGCGACGCGUGGAGAAAGGCACUUCAAUUACUGAACGGCUCAAGCAUUUGGAAGGGUUACUGACCAUCGUGGCUCAACAACGAGAUCCUAUGGCAUCGCUCAGCAUCAGUGAUGAAGGGUCGAGGGGUGCAGAUGGUGGUGCUUCUCUCUUUACCCCCGGCUCUAUCGAGUCUGGAGGCGGUAGUGGAGCCAAAGACAGCAGCAAAGCCAUACCCCAAGGACCAGUAGGCCAUCUCGACUCAAGCCAUUGGUCUUCUAUAUUGGAGAAUAUCAAGGCCAUUCGAGAGGAAUUUCCUAGUGAGAGCCCUCAAGAGAAAGGAGAGGCCUCACCCAGCAAUUCAUCUGGUGUCAGUCCCGAACAACUUGGGAGGAUGAGUCCAGACUUGGAUUUUGGCUCUACCAAAGGAACAAGUGAUGACAGUAUUCUGGCGGCUUUGCCUCCGAGACAGGUCUGCGAUACCUUGAUAUCCAUGUUCUUCAGAUGGCAUUAUACUAUGAUGCCAAUAUUGCAUCCUGUCAAGUUCCAACGCGAGUACGAAAAGUUUUGGAACUCACCAAGGCACACCUCCAACACGUGGACUGCUUUGCUCUUCGCGCUCCUAAGUUUAUCAACAGGCGUAUACGAAGCAUCAGGCAUGGUCCUCAACUCGCCUGUCCCACUUCCAUCUAGCAAAGAUUUAUCCACCAAGACCCAGCAACGUCUUCUUCUCGGGGACUACGUCUCAUCCAACGAACAUGCCGUUGAAGCCAUGCUCUUGCACCUCGUCGGCUGCUGGCUUCGUUCAAAAGCAUCUGAUACUAAUCUUUGGUUCCUCAUGGGAAGAGUGGUACAGCUUGCGAUAAGCAAAGGCUACCAUCGCGACUCAUCCAAGGUACCAAACUCGAACAUAUCUGCAUUCGCUGGUGAGAUGCGACGCCGGGUUUGGGUUUGUAUAUAUCAGCUUGAUGCGCUUAUGUCAUUCCAGCUAGGUCUUCCUAGUAUGGUACCGUCAGACUCUUGUGAUACAGAGCUCCCCAGAAACCUGGACCAGAACCAGCUACACCCGGAAAUCAAAGAGCUACCGCCAUCUAGACCUCUGUCAGAGAACACUACAAUUCUUUACUCUAUCGUCAAAGCAUCGGUUAUGGCUAAGUUCAAGGAAGUUGUCAAGCACACGCGAUCUCCCGCUUCGCCAUCCCACGAAACCACGGUCACUCUUGACGCGGAGGUCUGCCAAGUUUAUACGAACAUCCCUGAUCACUUCAAGUACAAGCCUCUUACGGACUUUCUAACCGAGGAGGUGAGUGUGAUCUUGACAAGAACGACGCUUGAGCUUUUACACUUGAAGAGUAUUAUUGUCCUUCAUCGUGAGCAUCUGAUGCAUCGACAUGAUAGCCGUUCUGAGUUUUCAAGGAAUGCCUGUCUCGAAGCAGCUGGGAGACUCUUGGAGAGACAAGCAGAAAUGGACAGGGUUACGGCGAUAGGUGGCCAACUUCAUGAUUUGAAGUGGAUGAUCACGACCUUGACACUCAGCGACUUUACUUUGGCGGCCAUGGUGAUCUGCUUAGAUCUCACAGUGGCUAUCCGACAGGAUGAAUAUUCUCCACUUAAACUAUCUGCUUGUCAGGAAGUGCAGAAGUAUUUGGAAAUUAUUCGAAACGCUCACAAGAUCUGGGUCAGUGCUGCAGAGACGUGCUCCGACGCACGUAUAGUUGCUCAUGCCUUGGCCUCUACAAUGGAGCGUGUGGACGACUUUCUGAGUACAUGGACUCUACCAACAGAUACAGAAUCAUGGCAGACUCUAGAUGCAGAGUCGUCUGGUAGCCUGACCACUGAUUCGUUAUACCAGAUGAACGAUCUGGAUAUGAUGGACAGUAUUGAUUGGACUUUCAUCGACAAUCAGUUCCAGGAUCCGAAUGUUAAUGAAAUCGACCUUGACAUGUGGCUCAUGGAUACAGUUGGACCUGUAUAA